AUGGACGACCAACUCCUCGAAGAUAUGCCCUCUCCUUACACGGGCGCGGAUGUCGAAACUAGUCAAGAAUCCAUCCCUGACACAUUCCAUGGAACGGAAGUCAUUGUCCAAGCAUCCGGGACGGUCAAGCUUGUUGGCCGCUAUGGAGACGUUCUGUUCUUCCGCAUGUCCACGAAACAAGGCAAGAUCCUCAGCAAAAUGAGGAAGCCAACCAUCUCGUUCUGGCCAACAGAGAUUGAACUCCAGAUUGACGACCAAUGCAUAUAUGAAAAGUCAAUUGAGCGACUUAUUUGCACAAAACAAGGACCUCAACGGCUUGCCCAGUAUUAUCAUGAAAUGGAAGCCAUCCGGGCGCAGACCAUGAUCGACCAAGGAUGCGGCUCAUCACCUGGCCUCCAACUCACAUUGCUGAGCAAGUCAGCCAAUACUGCAGGUGGAACACUGUGGGAAAACGGUGAGCUUCAGAGAAAGCUGAGGCAAGGCUCAAUCUUCAAAUGCACACCGAUGCAGAAGUAUGGAAGGGUGUGUGUUCGCGGUGUGCAGUUCCUGGUGCCACCGGAGGCCGAUUUCAACACAGUAGCGAUCCAAUUCGAGGUCACUCCCGAGGGUACUCAACACGCGAACCAGUGUGGUACAAGCCUCGAGGACGGAGACCCGGCUCGACGCCUCGGGGUCAGGCUGAAAUAUACCUGUCGAGGGAAUAACAAGGCAGAAGAGUGUUGGUCGAAGCUGGGUGGCACGUACAACGACAAGAAACUCAACUCCUUGUUAGAUUUUUUGGACGGCGAAGCAACCACGGCGGUUUCUGGAUCGCUAUCCGAGUAA